AUGCUCUUUACGAGGACGACUGGAGUUCUCAACAAGCAAAUUUCAUUUCUGAACAUUAAAGCGACAUCUAUGAUGGUCAUUCUUAAAUAUUUAUACACUGGAUUUGUGCUCGAGAAGGACAUCACAACUGAUAGAAAUGAAAAUGAAUUACCCGAAUUAGUAUCAAAGGCAGUUCAGUUAAGGUUACCUCUAACCGACAAUGAAAUAAUCAAUUAUUUGGUAGAUUCGGUGGCCAAAAUUUCCUUGGAUUCCAUUAUGUUUGACAGAUUAUCGCUUCAAGGCUUACAAUUGCUGCUAUUGAAAAGAGACGAAAAGAAAAUUUUUGUAUCUAAUGAAUAUUCCGUUUUUCGAUUUGCCGUCUUAGCAGCUGCAACAAAGGUAUCUCGUGAGGCAUUUUCUACUAUGGAGGAGAGACUUCCACCGUGGAGAGAGAUCAAAGGAUCACUCGAGGCCAUCAAAUAUAAUGAUCCGCUAGAGAAUAAGAUCCAUACAUCAAUUGCUAAUAUUGUAGAUCCUAUUACAAGACUCAUCGACUUUAGAAAGAUCCAUGGAACAAUACUUGCAAGAAUAAUCGAACCUUUGGGUCUUGUUCCAUCCGAUAAGAUUAACGAUUCAUAUCGAUUUCAAGCUAGCAUGAAAAUUUCACGAUCGAUAUUUAAUGAGAAUCCUACUAUCAGAUGGGAUAGAAAUGGCUGCGGUCCAAGUUUAGAAAUAAGUGACGAUGGUUAUACUGUCUGUGCAUUCGAACAGUAUGCUGCUCAUCAAAGCAUGAGAACAAAUUACCUCAUGAGUGAAGGCACUUAUGAAUUUCACGUUCUAAUUGAGGAGCUGUGUUAUAAUUCCUGGGUUGAUGUGUGUGGAGAAGGACUUGAUUUUUCACAGUUUGCUGGAGCUCAACCAUGGGGAUGGGUUUUAGGUUCUCAUGAAUAUGGUCAGAAUGGCAACAUAUGUACUGCCAACUCGAUAGAUUCUGCAAUCAAUCAAAAUGCAAAGAUUGUUGUUCAUCUAGACAUGAAUAAUAAGACGGUUUCCUUUUCCAUUAAUGAUAAAAGACAACCACCGAUUACAUCGUGGGUUCUCUCGUCAAAUCUUUAUUUCGUGAUUUCACUCCGUUACUCAGGAAAAUUCAGAAUUUUGCUUCCAAGAAAAUGA